GAAGAAUUGCUUGCUGGUGAAGAAGAAGCUACAUGUCCGAGUUGUUCCUUGAUUAUCAAAGUUAUUUACGAUUUAGAAACGUUCAAAAAAGAACUCGAAGAAGUAAAAACUUUAUCAGAAGACAAAAAAGAAUUAGAAAUUGCUAAAUAAUAUAAAUAUGAGUGGAAGAGGUAGAGGAGGUCGAGGCAGAGGAGGAGUAUCAAAAACUUUUAAUAGGGAACAGUUAACAUCUCUGGGAGUUGGAUCUAAAGAUCUUAUUCCUGGACCUGUUUUACAGCCACCUCCAUUAUAUCCAAUUUUAGAAAGAAGACCAGUGCCUCUUACUCAAUCUUUAGAAAUGGAUUAUCUUUUGAUAUUGAGGCAAGAUUUUAUAGAUCAUUUGCAACUAUCUGGUUCUUAUGUAAAAAUGAUUGAGAGUAAAACUCAAACAGAACAAGCAAUUGACAAAUUGGUAGCUCAAAUGCCUAAUACCAAAGAAAAAUAUGAUUGGAGAUUGUUUCCUUCAGAAUUGCGGCCAAAAAUAUUAGGAAAAAGAUUAGCAAAACAAGAUAAAGCCAAAGAAGUUAACAUAGAACAAAGAUUGAAUGUCUUGGAAAAGCUAGAGACAAAAACUGAAGCGGUACCUGUAAAAACCGAAACAGUUGAUGAGGAUGAAGAAGAUAAAGACGAUAUUGAAGGAAUGGAGGAAGAUGAAGAUGAGGAAAUGGAUGACGGUACUGACUAUGCUAAUAACUAUUUUGAUAAUGGAGAAGGAUAUGAGGAUGAAGAUGAUAAUUUAGAAGAUGGGCCCAUUUAUUAAUAUUUUGGAAUUAGUUUUAGCAAUA